GACCUCACGAGACAGGACAUGAGAAGACGGCCGGCAUAUUUAGUGAACACGAAAUAGCAUAAAGGACAUCAAAAACAACUCGAAAACAUUUAUUCUGUAUACUGAUCAAGAUGUCUGCUGACCCUAUACCUAAACAAAGAGUUCAACUUUUCAAAAACAAGGGAAAAGAUGCAGAGGAGAUGCGAAGGCGGAGGACUGAAGUCACCAUAGAGCUGAGAAAAAAUAAACGAGAUCAGCAUGUCCUGAAACGGAGAAAUGUCCCUGCUCAAGACAGUACAGAUUCUGAUGACAAUGAAAAACCUACGAGCCAGUCCCUACAAACAAUUGUGUUGAAUGCUUCGAGUCCAGAUACAACUGUUCAACUUAGCGCUGUGCAGGCUGCAAGAAAACUUCUCUCAAGUGAUCGAAACCCUCCUAUUGAUGAUUUGAUAGCCUCUGGAAUCUUGCCUAUUCUAGUGGACUGUUUGUUGAAAGACGACAAUCCAUCGCUACAGUUUGAGGCUGCAUGGGCAUUGACUAACAUCGCCUCCGGAACAUCGCAGCAAACACAGGCAGUGGUUGGAGCAGGAGCAGUGCCACUGUUUCUUCGUCUCCUUCACAGUCAGCAUCAAAAUGUUUGCGAACAGGCUGUCUGGGCAUUAGGAAAUAUUAUAGGCGAUGGUCCCCAGUGCAGAGACUAUGUGAUAAGUUUAGGGGCUGUCGCCCCUCUUCUCGAGUUCAUCAAUCCAAAUAUCCCCCUCCCCUUCCUGCGUAACGUUGCUUGGGUCAUAGUGAACUUGUGUAGAAACAAGGAACCACCACCACCUGUAGACACCAUUCAAGAGAUUCUCCCUGCUCUCUGUCAGCUAAUUCACCAUACAGACGUAAAUAUUCUGGUUGACACAGUAUGGGCAUUGUCAUAUUUGACAGAUGGGGGCAAUGACCAGAUACAGAUGGUUAUAGACUCUGGAGUGGUUCCUUUCCUUGUACCACUGCUUAGCCAUCAGGAUGUUAAAGUUCAGACUGCAGCAUUGAGGGCUGUGGGUAACAUCGUCACCGGCACAGAUGAACAGACACAGGUGGUGCUAAAUUGUGACGCACUGACACACUUUCCUUCACUUUUGUCACAUCCGAAAGAAAAAAUAAACAAGGAAGCUGUGUGGUUCUUGUCAAAUAUCACAGCAGGAAACCAGCAGCAGGUGCAGGCGGUGAUAGACGCAGGGCUCAUACCCCUCAUUAUCCACCAUUUAAACAGGGGUGAAUUUCAAACUCAAAAGGAAGCAGCAUGGGCAAUAAGCAAUUUAACAAUAAGUGGUAGGAAAGAACAGGUAUCAUAUGUAGUACAACAAGGCGUUAUACCACCCUUCUGUAAUCUUCUUGGGGUCAAGGACACACAAGUUGUCAAUGUUGUCCUUGAUGGUAUCAACAACAUCCUGAAGAUGGCAGGCGAUGACCUGGAAUCAAUCAACCAGAUGAUAGAAGAAUGUGGUGGCUUAGACAAAAUUGAAAGUCUACAGAAUCACGAAAAUGAAGAAAUUUACAAACUUGCCUAUGAAAUUAUUGAUCACUACUUUUCUGGUGAUAUCGAAGAGGAGGCUUUACUCCCACAAGCAUCAAAUGAAGGAUACCAGUUCGACCCUAAUGCCCAGAUUCCAUCGGAAGGAUUCAAGUUUUGACCACAGCUGAGGACACUAAUUAAAUUGUUGCCAUAUUAGAAGUUGUGGAGCCAUCUGUGCCACGGCUGUUCCAAGUUGGAGAUCAUUGCCAGCAGACAAACGUUUCACCCUGGCAUUCGAGAACUUGCUUGACCCAGUGUAAGUGAUGUGGAUGAAGAAAUGUUCCGUUUCCAUCACAUCAACACCCGAAGAUUAAGUCGCCAGUGCGGGAAUGAGGUCAAAGAUGUGUAGGCAUAUGUGCCCGGAAAUUCCAAUGAGCCCAUCUGGAAUCUGGUGACUCCGAUGGAAACUCUUAAUCUAUUUGAAUUCCCUUAGAAAUAUGAGUGAAAGAAAAAUGAUUUCACGGGGGAGAUAUUUUCGAGGCAUGAAUUACGUGCAUGACAAGAAAUUGUUUGUGGUCCCUACAGACUACGGCAAUGAAGGAGCUGCUUAAAUAUUCAUCCUGGACUUGAGAUGAAAAUAUUAAGUUGAUCACUGAUAAUGAUUCCUAGAGAAUAUUUGAAUACAACCUAAGACUGCCUACCUAACAUACACAUUCACCAGAUGUAACAAGCUUCCACCAGGCUUAGCUUGUCAACCCUGAACUGAAGGACCUUGUAGUGUGCCAAUUAAGUUUGGAGACAUUUUGGCAGUAAUUGACAACCAUGGAUAAUUUUGCUCAAUGCUAUUGUAUCUCAGUGUUGGAACCUUUUCACUGCAGUGUGGAAACUGUCGAUGGUAUGCAAGACAAACGAGAAGCAUAUUCUAUGACUGAAUUGUCGGAGCCUGUGUUAGGUUAUAAGAUAUUUCUUGAAGCGACACGCUUUCUUCUUGUAGUUCUGCCUCAGUGCACUGAGCCUAUGUUUUAAAGUAUGUCCACAGUUGCUGAUGUCGUCAUGACGAUGCUUCCACUGCACGUUUGAGGACAGUUUGUAACAGGAGAAGGUGAAUCCUACUGGAAUCAAAUUUUAAUCAACUGAUUUGAUCUGUUGUUUAUUUAACAUGUAUUUAAACAUACUCUAGGUAUUGUCUCUAUCUUUGUAGGUGUGUCUUGUUACAUUUCUACUGUGUCUUUUAUUUAGUUCAUAGUCUGGAUAUUUUGUUUUUCAGUGAUGCCCAUAUGUAACAAAGUAUUAACUUAUGAAAUUGCAUUGUGCCUUAGGACUUUUCUAAAUUGGAAGUGUUAAAGUUCAUUAAUUUUUCUACCAAAUUACUUGUAUUUAAUUACUUGAUGUUGUUUUUCUGUCAGGUUUCCACAUUAUUUGACAAGGACAUAUCAUUCCAGUUUUGUUGAUACCAACGGCUACAUGGUUAAAAUCAAGCUAAGUGGAAAGGUAGUUUGACCUGCAUUUCAAGCUAUUGAGGGCUUCCAUUACACACAAAAAGCUAUUUUGUUUGCAGCGAUUUGUCAACUAUGGUUUUGGACAGCUGAGAUUUUUGGAGAAUUAGUUUGAUAUAUGAAUAAAAAUAAGCACCUCUUAUGUUGUUUUGUAAAGUGGUUUCUGUUAAUUGUAAAAUAUUAAAUCAUGUUUGUUUUUAGGGGUGUAGUUGUUGAUUUUUAUUUGGAUGAAAACCAAAGACCAGAAUAGGCUGUUACCCACUUAAUAGAAACACUUUUGGUUUUUGAAAAAGAUUGGUGGAGUAAAUCUUAACUGCUGUUUAAUUGAAAUGUCUUUUUGGGUGGAAAAGUGUAAAGGUCCUCUAAUGAAAAAGCAUUUGUGCACUCAGUGAUAAUGUAAAGACGAAGAUGCUGUGAUAUGCUUCUGAAGAUGGAACAGAAAGCAGGGUCACAGGAUGAAGACAAUCUGAGCCUUAGUAAUGGGUAGGGCAAACCCUCAUUUACUAACAGGAUAGUAAGUACCACAUGCAAGUGUGAGGCAGAUGGUAGGUUAAUUAUUAUCUUUUUAUUUAAUCUUCAUAAGAAGUCCACUUAAUUUGUUUCACAUUUGGUGGAAAUGUCUACAGUUGUCAGUGUUACGGUCUUGUUGACCAAGCAUGGCAGAUAAUCAUUCGCUUUUAUUAAAGAAUGAUAUCUACAAUUUUUCUAUGACAAGACUGGGCUAGUAAGAAGUAACAGUAUGGCACUGUUCUGUGGUUUUAGUACAACUAAGAUGAUUUGACAGAUAAAUAUAACUGGAUCUGAGUGCUGAUUUAUGAUAAUGACACAGCACAGAGUGAGGCUAUGCUGUUUAGUGGAGGGUUUCCCCUUAAAAUGGCCUGUCCCCUUGUCCCUAAUGGCAGUUUGAUCAACCAGAUAGCAAACUGUCACAGUGAAGAUGGUAAAACAACUGUAUUGGGUUUUUUGUCCAAAGUGAAAUAAAUUUCCUUCUGACACUUUUACAGAUACAGCAGACAUGUUUAGACAUUAAAAGGAAAAGCAAAUUCCAAAUGUAUCUUUUGAUCAUAUAUUUGUUCAUAUGUAUGCAGAAAAUUCAACUGAGGCUUUCAUUAUGCUUUGCUGAUAUUAGUCAAUUGAUAAUCAUAUUUCUGCAUACUUAAUCGAGUAGAUGUAUUGAUCCUUUCACUCCUAUGGACAUGAGGAUUUAUUUUAAAGAAAAUUUCUUUUCUUUUAGAAUAUUAUUUUAAAAGGAUGUAGAGUGUUUAGAUGUUAAUCAUAUGGUCACAACCUAAAAACAUGUAAGUGCUCCUUGGGUUUUGUAUGGUUCAAACCAUACUAUAAACAAAGUAUUCUUUAAGUUGUGGGAUCUUGCAAUAUCAAAUAUGAAUACCACACACUUUUUCAGGGUUGUUUGGACGUGUUAACUGUAAGAUGAAAAAAUAACCUUGAGUUAUGAGAACAUAUAGUAGAUUUGCUGUCUUUAGUCUGACAGGGAGCUUAUUCAGCUAAUGCAUAAAGAAAUAUUAUUACAUCAUUAGUGUAUCUCUUCACUUGGUCCAGGGAUUUGUCUAGGAUUUCAAACUGACUCCCAAAAGGGAAAAAGACGUGUUUGUUCGAAAAUAGGACUUUCAAAGUCCUUUAUUCUGAAAUAUUCAGGGAUAUUUAGUAUUUCAUUCAGUGCAAAAGUGGUAUUGGUUCUGUCGACAGUUGCAAGGGACCUCUGUUAAAUAAAAAAAUAAAACUAUAGUUAUUAUUAUACUUGGUAAUAUAACAGUGUAACAUGGCAAUAUUUUGUUCCUGUUUGGGAUUUUUUUAACUGACAAUUGCUUCAGACCUGGGGCUGAAUAUUGACCUUUACGCAGGUCUAGAUAAAUCCCUGGCCUCUAUUUACAAGGUGAUAAAUGACCGCAUUACAAAGCGAGUGAUAUUGACCGUAUUACACAGUGAAAAUGAGCAAUAGGAAAGGUGCGUUUUUGAAAAUUGUUAUAUGACAAGAUUUGUUGAGUCACUUUCCAGUGUAAAUAUGAUGGGAACAAUGAAUACCAUGAGUUGUCCAGAAAUACGUCAGAGGACACAAUUUGAAGGGUAGAAUAUGGCAUGUUCUGUACACAAAGUCUUAUUUUCACGUUGUGAAUAUGCCUUGUACAUUGUGUGCUGUUGUGUCACUUGUCCUCUUUCAUAAUAUAUGCCAGGUAGUAUGAGACCUAUCCUUAACAUCAGGGCUGGCAUGUUAAGGGAAGUUUCAGUAAAACUGAAUCAAUAUUUUAUGAAAAAGAUCAAAAUGAUUGUGUAAAUGUACUUAAGAUAUCUGUCACGCCAAAAGACCAGGAUAUUUACACAUUUAGUUUUUAUUCAAUAUUUUGCCAAUGUUUUGUGAAAUAGUUGACAUGACCAAAUUGAUGAGCUUUAAUUGAUUUAGGUUUUUUCUAAAUGACUCCUGUGGUAAUAGUUUCCUUGGAUUCUGUUUAUUCUUGAAAUGGAAGACCAAGUGGAUUGGCUGUUCAGGCUCGGUGACUUGGCGGAUUACACAUCCUACUCCAGUGGUGUUCGUCGUUGCUCACCAUAUCAACCAUCGGAUUGUCGCCUCCAGAUUGGGUUGAUUUUCAGACAGCUGUCAAAUAGCUAAAAUAUUGUAGAGUGCAGUGUUAAAUGGGAAAAAAGUAAACUAAUAUAAGGAAUUCAGAUGAAUGAAUAAUUGUCUCUAGCAAAUCCUCUCUCCGGUGAACAAGGAUUAUGUUUACAGUUUUUUCACUAUUUAAAGCAUAUCAAUUUGGUCAUGCAAGUAUUUUCAACAAGGCGAGUUCAUAUCAGGUUGAUGUAAAUAUAUAUCAUUUUCUCAAACAAAUUAUUUUACAAGAGAAAUGAGAUUAAGAUAUGGGAGCUUUGUCCCAGGUAGAUGCCAGCAAGAUAAUUAAGGAUAGGUUAUUUUGGCUAGUCUCACCUUAUUUUGAGAUUGGCUACCCUGUUAUGCAUAACAUGUUUUAACAAGUCCAUUAUACUGAUAGUGAUUCAAUUUGACCUCUUCUGGUGAUUGCCAUUGGAUCAUUUCUGAAAUGAGACGCUUGCCUAGCCAGAACAGCUGCUACUGUGUCAUUAUGUUGAGUUCCCAGCCAAACCUAACUUUGUUAAAAUUUAUUAAUCAUUUUAUCUUCGAAUAAGCUUGAAAGGAUUGUUUCCAAACAUUACGAACAGCAAUUGAACAUAUCUGAAGUUGUGCAUGAUUUUCAAGCUUUAGCACUGAAAUUGUUAUCGAAAAAGUGGUGUUUUUUCACUUUCUUUAGAAAAAUUUGUAUUUGACAUUUUAGGGAAUAUAUAGAAAUUAGUCUUCCAAACAUCAACAGAUAUAAGAAAUAAUGGCAUGUGAUAAGCCGUAUAAUGCUUAGUUUGUGUGAGAUCUCUGUGAGGCUUUGGCUGAAGCUCCAAUAUGGCACAGACAGAAGUAGAAGCAGCUUGCUGCCACAAGUGUCCAAGCACGGUCUAAACACCAGAGGCAUAUUCUCAAACAUUGGGGGUCUUUUUGGGGGAGGGCACCAGCUCAAAGCAUAUAUAGUUUUAAACUUGUAAAAAUAAAUGCUACCAAUUUUGUGUAUUUCGUGAGCUGUUCUAAACAGUUAAUCUUUUAUACUGAAUUGUUAUGCAGAAAAAGUUGAAAACUCACUGCCUUAAUAUUUUAUUUAAAAGAAAUACAUUGAAAUGGUCCAAUGUGUAUUAUGAUGCUAUUGCGAUUCAUGUGCCAGGGGAAUCUAUUGUUGACUUGCUGAGUGAAUAUAUUCAAAGAUUUAUUUAAAAUGCUGUUAAUGGACCCGUUUUCUCAUUAACCUCUUCGUGAAAACUUGCCCUAGAUUGGUCAUGCGAGUAAAAAUAAUAUCCCAUGUUUCAUGUCCGAUCCACAAUAUUGUGCAAUCCCAAGUCUGUAUAACAUAACUGCAGUCAUAAUUAUUGACAAUAUAUAUUAUGUAUUUGUCCAGUGACAAACUAAUGUUAUCCUUCAGGUUAAUCAAAUGGUUGCAUUAAAGAUCAAUUGAUCGACCACACAAGGUAAAAAUAUUUGAAUAUGAUGCUGUGUUAUGACGGAACUGGCCCUAUCUCAGACCAGUUGAAACUGCAAGGGUUAAUGGCAGAUGGGUUGCUGGCAGUAGAGGGUUAUCCCAAGUCAACAUGAAGAUUCCCCUUGCAAUUGAGGCUGUUUAAGACACAGCCAAGCCUGGAUGAGCCCAUGUUGUUGUGUAUAUGCAAGAAAUACCUUAGGUUCACCUUAACAUAGCCUGAAUUAUUCAGGCCUUGGGAAUACAGUACAUGACGAAGCACGGUGCUUCAAAUUUUAGUUUCUCUUUGUCUGAAUAUUCAGGUUCACCUAUUGAAAACUCUCCAGGACUUGUCUGCUUUGUAAUUAUUGAACCAUGUUGAUUUUUGUUUUCAAAAGUGGUUGCCAUAGCUACGUUCGAAUGAUAGUUGCAAAGGCAUCCUUGUACAUGUUUAACUUGAAAAUAAAAAUCAAGUAUGAAGAAAUAAA